AUGGAGCUCAGUCCACUCUCUGUGAUGCUCUUGCUGAUUUCACUUAUACCAGUGACCCAGGCUCAAGGGAGUCCUAAAGCUGUGGUGUCCAUAACACCUGAUACACAUGUGUUCACUGGAGAGAGUGUUACUCUCAGAUGUAACAUACAGGGAGGAGGAGACACUCAGUGGACUUACAGCUGGAAGAAAAAUAAUAAUGAACUCUAUAAAGCUGGACGUAAGAGAUUCUACACAAACAGCACAAGGCAGGUGUUCAUAAUCCGGUCUGUUGAAGACUCUGACAGUGGUACCUACACCUGCAGAGGACAUGGGAGAGACUCUCAGAGCUCAGAGAUCAGUGAUGCUGUUACACUGACUGUAUCAGAGAGACCACGGGCAGUACUGAGUGUAUCUCCACAGAGCUGGCUGACUGAAGGAGACUCAGUGACUCUAAGCUGUGAGGUUACAGACUCCUCUACAGACUGGACAUUCAGCUGGUACACAGUUGUUCCCUACAGAGACGGCUUAACUGGAAUAAAUAAUAAUGGUGGCUAUAGCGUGUAUGUGGAGCUCCUCUCAGACAGCAGCAGAGGAUCUGGAGGCAAAUACACUCUCAGUCCUGCUGCUCUUAAUCACACAGGAGUUUAUAUGUGCAGAGGAGAGAGAGGAGAACCAGCCCUUCACUCACAGUACAGCAAUCCACAGCCACUAUGGAUCACUGGUGAAUCUCCUCCAGUCUCUCUGAUCAUCAAUCCCAGUAGAACUCAACACUUUACUAAUGACUCUCUCUCACUGAGCUGUGAGGACCAGAGUAACUCUACUGGAUGGACAGUGAGACGAUACACACACAGUGAGAGAGUGUUAGAUUGUUCACACUGGGGAUCAGUUACAGGAUCUACAUGUAACAUCAGCUUCCUCUCCACAUCCUACACUGGAGUUUACUGGUGUGAGUCUGAAUCUGGAGAAAACAGUAAUCCUGUCCACAUCACAGUGCAUGAUGGUGAUGUGAUCCUGGAGAGUCCUGUCCAUCCUGUGACUGAGGGACAUCCUCUGACUCUACGCUGUUUAUAUCACAACCCAAAUCCCUCAAACCUCCGAGCUGAUUUCUAUAAAGAUGGAUCAGUAAUCCAGAACCAGACUACAGGAGAGAUGAUCAUCCAAACUGUCUCAAAGUCAGAUGAAGGUUUCUACCACUGUAAACACCCAGAGAGAGGAGAGUCACCCAAAAGCUGGAUCUCAGUCAGAUUGCUGAUUUCACUUAUACCAGUGGCCCAGGCUCAAGGGAGUCCUAAAGCUGUGGUGUCCAUAAUGCCUGAUUUACAUGUCUUCAUUGGAGAGAUUAUUACUCUCAGAUGUGACAUACAGGGAGGAGGAGACACUCAGUGGACUUACAACUGGAAGAAAAAUAAUAACACAGUCUACACAGAUGGAAGUAAGAGAUUCUACACAGACAACACAAUGCAGGAGUUCAGAAUCCAGUAUGUUAAAGUCUCUGACAGUGGUACCUACACCUGCAGAGGACAUGGGAGAGACUCUAACAGCUCAGAGAUCAGUGAUGCUGUUACACUGACUGUAUCAGGUGAAUCUCCUCCAGUCUCUCUGAUCAUCAAUCCCAGCAGAAUUCAACACUUUACUAAUGACUCUCUCUCACUGAGCUGUGAGGACCAGAGUAACUCUACUGGAUGGACAGUGAGACGAUACACACACAGUGAGAGAGUGUUAGAUUGUUCACACUGGGGAUCAGUUACAGGAUCUACAUGUAACAUCAGCUUCCUCUCCACAUCCUACACUGGAGUUUACUGGUGUGAGUCUGAAUCUGGAGAAAACAGUAAUCCUGUCAACAUCACAGUGCAUGAUGGUGAUGUGAUCCUGGAGAGUCCUGUCCAUCCUGUGACUGAGGGACAUCCUCUGACUCUACGCUGUUUAUAUCGCAACCCAAAUCCUUCAAACCUCCGAGCUGAUUUCUAUAAAGAUGGAUCAGUUCUCCAGAACCAGAGUACAGGAGAGAUGAUCAUCCAAACUGUCUCAAAGUCAGAUGAAGGUUUCUACCACUGUAAACACCCAGAGAGAGGAGAGUCACCCAAAAGCUGGAUCUCAGUCAGAUGUGAAAAAACCUCCUCUGUUUCAGUUUCAGGUUCCAGUGGUUUAACAGUAGGACUGGUUGUGGGUUUGGGAUUUUUGUUCAUCGCUAUUCUGAUCUUAAUGAUCCUGCUGUGGUUCUGCAAAAGAAAAAAAGAAAAGCAGCAGAAAACCAAUCAGACAUCAGAUCAGAAUCAGAUCCGGUCAGGAGCUGAAGACUCUCAGUCAGGACACACACCACUUCAGGCUGAAAGUGCAAUCUAUGCCAAUAUGGAUGAUGUGACUAUCUAUGCCAAUGAGAUGUGCAUGAGUGGAACAGUGAGCCAUGUGUCUGUUCUGUUGAAGCUACAGUUAUCAAACAGAUAG